AUGGACAGCGAAGACGACUACGACGGUGGUGUAGUCCUCGACGGCGCCGAAACUUUAGACCCCAGCACGUAUGCAAGGUCCACCCCCAGCACGACCGACAGGCGCAAGCGCAAACGGGAAAGGGAAAAACUCAACAAGCAAAAGGGUAAAAAGUCCAAGUCGGAGGGCGACGAAAUCGCCCCCCAGCUUCUCGAACAUCGGAGCAAGAAGGAAACGAGGAAAGGUGGCGAAGUUAAGUCCACAGCGACAGAUGUCCCCGGUGGAGAAACCGAGCCCGUGAAUGAGGAUAUGGCAAGGAUGGAUCCAAAAUUACUGGCAGAUUACGUUUCUCAGCGAUUGAAACGGUUCGAGAAGGAUUUGAGUUCUGUGGAAUUGGAGGAUCGCUAUAUAUCUGAAUCUGCAUUUUUGGAUACUACGGCAUUCACCCCUCCUAGGACAUUGCGAAAUCUCCCAGCGUAUCUGGAAUCCUUCUCUAAAUUCGCACUUAUUAAAUCAGCAGCCACCCCAGGAACUCCUCACACUUUAAUCUUGACUUUAGCAGCCGUCCGAGCGACUGACCUUGCGCGUGCGGUCCGCAAAUACCAAACAAAGGACAGCCUAGUGGCCAAGCUGUUUGCAAAGCACAUCAAGCUAAAGGAUUCCAUAACAACCUGUCAGACUAGCCGGAUAGGCAUUGGCGUUGGCACACCCGGGAGGAUCCUGGACCUGCUAAAAGAGGGUGUGUUGAAAGUGGACGAAUUGAAGAACGUCGUUAUUGAUGCAUCGUAUGUUGAUAAAAAGGGCUUCGGAGCGUUUGACAUCCGGGAGACGCAGAAGGGUAUAAUGGAGAUUCUCGGGUUCGCCGGAGUGAAGGCGAGAUUUGAAAGGGGCGAAGGGAGAGUAAUGUUUUAUUAG